AUGGCCGCUGACAAGUCCUGCGCCUUGGACUCGCUCUUCUCGUACGCCCGUCCGCGUAUCUACGCAGCGCUGCCUUUGCAGAACAACGCAUUCCCAAAGGGAAAGGAAACAGACUUACGGGUCGUCGGAAAACGUUUUGCCAUCAACCAAAGGCCCGAACACGAGCAUCAAGAUCAAAGACCCCGUGACGACAAGAUUAAAAAUUCAUCCGAGUUUCAGCCUUCACAUGUCACAGCGAGGCUCCAACGCCCCAUCGACACUAUUAUUUGGAUACAACAAAAUCAGAACCCACCGCCUUCUCAGCCCGAUUUUUUCUUGACUCAGUAUCCACAGCAAAACUUUUCAACUUACACAGGCACACUCAUAUACCGAGUGUCUCUCUCCUACACCAAAGUAACAAAACAACCCCCCCAAAAACGCCUAAACCCGCUUACAAAGCACAAGAUGCCUCUAUCAAUGAUGGAACCACUCAGCAGACCGCCUUCACGUGACCUGACACCAACACGGCGUCUGUCUCGCGAAGAAACAUAUCACCUGGCCGACACUGCACGCAGAAAGUCGUCGGACAAGCAGGUCCGGGAGGAUCUACGACUGAAACUCAGCCAUGACCACCUGCUAGAGUUACUUCUCCAAGACAUCGCGCGAACAGAGCGAGAACGCCAAACAUCACCCACAGACGAGAAGUACCUGAUGCCGCAAGAGCGAAAACGGUCAUCGUCGUCGUCGGACCACGCGCAGCGGUCGACGGACGCGGAGAUGGAACUGGUCGACGACUACGGGUUUCCGCUGGAUCUGGAGGAUGGGCAGGAAGACCUGGGCGGAUUGGCGUUGACGAGGACGGAAUCGCGAAGGCCCGUGAGAUGA